AUGUUGUCCAUCCUUGCCAUCCUCGCUCUCACAUCCAUUGGUCAAUCGGCCUUUACUCCCCUCAAAGAUGGUUAUCCUGUCAUUAGCAAUAAAUCUACAAUUGCAAAUGUCGAGCAACUUGCAGGGGGGCAUGCUGGAACUUAUCCUCCUGCUCCAACCCUCGACGUGGAUGAUCGUACCUCCUGGGCUGUUCUGGCCUUCAGCUCUCUCUCAACUAUAGCGCUCUACAACGAGCUGAUUGCCAACAUCACCAAUCAUGUUCCCGGCUAUGAUAUCUCAUCCCACAACGAGUCCUACAUCAUCCAGUCCCUUGAAUUCUUCGUUGGUGCAGCAGAGAUCCAAUACUACGACGCCGAAUGGGCUGUCACCGGCUUCAAUGGGUCUAAAGUCCGCCCGUGUGAAUACGAUUUUCCAGUCACAGAUUUUGAGUCUGCAAUCGACUAUGCCAUUAGAUUGAGCUAUAUCUUCAUCGGACAUAUCCCCGAUAUGGUCCAACGCACAGCCAACAAUCUCGGCACGGGUGGCGCAAACAUCAUCUUCAACCUGGCUGGUUGGAGUAGUGUUUACGGGCAGCAGAAUGGAUGGCUUCGGUCACUACUGGGGAAGCCUCCAUCUGUACAACCAGUGUCGACACCUGCACCAAGAGAUUUCUUGUAUAGUUUCAUCUAUCAGACAAGUGUGGUGCCGGGAAGUUGCCCUGGUGCUUCUCUUCCAGUACAGAGAUAUGAACCUUUGGUUCUAACCACGGAGGAUGUGAAGGACACACAGAUCGAAUUUGAAUUCACCAACAAGGCAAAUGUUGAUGUUGAGAGCAACCAUUCCCUGGUCUACCUUAAUGGUAAUAUCGCUCCGUUGACAGUUCCCUUUAAUAUAAGCAGCAACCAUGAUAAUAAAGUCAAGGUCACGGCGGAUUUCCCUCACGAUACAUGGGAAAUGGAUGGAUUGACUCUUGUUUCUGUGGUCAAGGGAAUUGGGAAUUUCAGCUUUCCUAUUGAUGUUGCUAAUGCUACCCUCUUUGGACCUGCAUUGAUUGUGUACAAUUAA